UUCCAUCACUGACAAGGGACGAGAUAAAGAGGACAUGAAUGUAAUAGAGGCAUGGCUGAUGGGAUACAGUGGAAAAGGCGUUAUCGUCACCAUCAUUGAUGACGGAGUAGAGGGAAAACACGUGGACUUGGCCAAGAACUUCGACCCAGAAGCAAGUUAUGACAUCAACGAUAACGACAAGGAUGCCACGCCAAGAUACGAUCACUCGAAUAUCAACAAACACGGUACAAGAUGCGCAGGAGAAGUUGCUGCUGCAAUUGGUAACGAAAAAUGCGUUGUGGGUGUUGCAUACAAUUCGAAGGUUGGCGGAAUCCGCAUGUUAGACGGGACAAUCACCGACUCAGUUGAAGCCAGAUCACUCUCACACAAACCAGAGUACGUUCAUAUCUACAGUUCUUCCUGGGGUCCAGACGAUGACGGAAAAACUGUGGAUGGACCCAAGUCAUUGGCACUGAAGGCCUUUUCAGACGGGGUACAAAAGGGUCGAGGAGGUAAGGGCUCUAUCUUCGUGUGGGCAGCUGGAAACGGAGGCAGACAUCAGGAUGACUGCAACUGUGAUGGCUACACUACUUCCAUCUACACUCUCUCAAUCGCCAGCACAACAGAGCAUGAACUGUUUCCGUGGUACAGCGAAAGGUGUUCGUCGACAUUAGCCAGCACUUACAGCAGUGGCAGUGUGGGAGAUAGGAGCAUAGUGACAACAGACUUAAAGAAUAAGUGCACAGAUAAACACACGGGAACAUCGGCAAGCGCCCCCCUGGCGGCUGGGAUUUGUGCUCUCGCUUUAGAAGCCAAUGCCAACCUGACUUGGCGGGACAUGCAACAUAUCGUAUUAAGAACUGCCAGACCCCUCGCCAAAAUGCAACCCAAGGGACCAGGGGAUGCCUGGACGAGGAACGGGGCCGGCAGACUGGUGAGUCACAGCUAUGGGUAUGGAUUGAUGGAUGCUGGAGCCAUGGUCAGACUAGCCAAACAAUGGAGCACUGUUCCUCCUCAGAGGGAGUGCGUGAACAGCAUGCCCGGUGCCAAUCCAAUUAAAAUCCAGCCUCAUUCCAGUCAGUCAAUUCGAAUCCAAAGCACUGGCUGCAACGAACAGGUGCUCUACUUGGAGCACGUAGUCGUGAUCAUAACACUCAAAAUACCAACGAUGAGAGGGAAGCUGUCCAUCCAGCUGAAGUCUCCGGCAGGCACGGUGUCUCAGCUACUUUUCCCAAGGAACAAGGACACUGGCAAGACUGGCUUCGACAACUGGCAGUUCAUGUCUGUCCAUCACUGGGAGGAGACAGCGGUUGGCGAGUGGGAGUUCGUAUUCAAAAAUGACCACGCAAUAGCCACUGCAACCUUAUCCAAAAUUGAGCUGAAGCUCUACGGCACCUUAGAAGAUCCUUCCAAAUUCGCCAAGCUGUCUGGUAACAGCACCUACUCACAUGCAUAUGCCCAAUUCAGCCGAGGACUGCAGUUGUUCCGUGAAGACAGCAUGGGUUCCGAUUCCCGUUCUUCGUUUGUGAACAACACGAAGUCUUUUUUGUGUGUGUUAGUCGUUGCUGCAGUCUGGCUCAAUCAAAGGAUUCUUGUAUGAAGAUUUUACAGCCGGUGAACAGAUUUUCAGAUGACUUCGAAGACUGCAAGGAGCUUAAAGUAAAAAAAAAACACUUUUUGAGUAGUUGAACACGAUGCGAGUCUCUUGAAUUCGCUGUAGAACGAUGAAAUUUCGAUGUUUUAUUUUGGUUUUUGUAUUGAUCUUUGUGUAUCUAGAGAUCUGUUUGUUCAUCGGAGAUUUUUGACAAAAAAACUGAAAGCCAGUUUGUUUUUAAAAAUGAAAUUUUUGAUGAAAUGCAGUUAAUAUUCGGAACUUGGUCCAAUUAGUGUACAGUGUCAGUUUGUAAAUGUAUUUUUCACUGUAAAAUAUUUUAUAUUGUUUUCAGAAAGUUUAUUAUUUGCAGUUCAGACUGAAGUUAGCAGUAGUCUACUAGUAUGGCUUUUCUUUCUUUCAGUUCUGCUCAGCAGGGAACGUAAAAAAAUUGUUAACCUUUUCAAAAAAAAUGUUCGCUUAUAA